ACUUCAGAGAGGUGACAGAGUCCUGCGUGGAGGAUCACAAACACAACCAUGGAGCUGCUCUCUGCGUUCGUAUCCGCUGUUUUGGCGUGUGUGGUCAGCGCUGGGAUUCCGCACGAUGGCAUACAUUGGACAUACACAGAGGGAGCUUUGGACCAGAUGCACUGGCCGACCAAAUACCCUGCAUGUGGGGGUAAGAAACAAUCUCCCAUUGACAUCCAGAGUCGCAAUGUGAGACACAACCCAGAUAUAUUACAGCUGGAGCUCAACGGAUAUGACGCUCAGAGCGGGAACUUCCUUAUGACCAACAAUGGGCACUCAGUGCAAAUCGAUCUCCCCUCCUCUAUGAAGAUAACUAAGGGUCUGCCUGGGACGUACACAGCCGUCCAGAUGCACCUUCACUGGGGCGGCUGGGAUCUGGAGGCCAGCGGAGCCGAGCACACCAUUGACGGCAUCCGCUACAUGGCAGAGCUCCAUGUUGUCCAUUAUAAUUCUGAUAAGUACAAGAGCUUUACUGAGGCCAGAGACAAACCAGACGGGCUGGCAGUACUGGCCUUUUUCUAUGAUGAUGGGCAUUUUGAGAAUACCUACUACAGCGACUUCAUCUCCAACCUCGCCAAAAUCAAAUAUGCCGGUCAGACCAUGAACGUAUCGAGCAUCAACGUGCGCUCCAUGUUUCCCGAAAACCUCAACCAUUUCUUCAGGUACCAGGGUUCACUCACUACUCCUCCCUGCUACGAGAGCAUCCUCUGGACUGUGUUCGAUACACCCAUCACGCUUUCACACAACCAGAUCAGAAAACUUGAGAGUACUCUGAUGGACAUCGAUAACAAGACCAUCUGGAAUGACUACCGCAUGGCUCAGCCUCUCAACGACCGUGUGGUUGAGUCGUCCUUCCUGCCACGUCUCGGGAAAGGAUCAUUUUGCCGACAAGAUGAGAUUGAAUCCAAGCUCCUGAAGAUCGAAGGUCUGAUUACAUCCCUCGGAAAGCACAUCCAUUCAGGUGGAAUGCGUGGCCCAAAAGCUUCCAGAAAUGAACCUCUAGGUCUGUUCCCUCUCGUGCUCAACUUCCAGGAAAAAAAUGCAGGUAGUUACGCCUUGGCCCGCCUCAGCCACCCCAUGGACCUGGACUCCUUCACCGUCUGCAUGCACGUCCAGCCUCAGAGCGACGGCAUCCACACCAUCCUGUCCUACGCCAGCAACGGCAACGACAACGAGCUGAUGAUCUCCAUUGGCGAAGACAGAAAUGGCAAAGAGGUGGGUCUGUGGAUCGGCAACGAGUUUGUCAACCUGCCACACAACUUCAGAUCCCACGACUGGGCCAACUACUGCAUCACGUGGUCAUCUCACACGGGCGGGGCAGAGCUGUGGAUCAACGGCAUGGUUGGAGAGCAGCGCUACCUCAGAAGUGGUUACACAAUUAGCCCUGGAGGUGUUUUCAUCCUGGGUAAAGACCAGGAUGGAUUACUGGGCAUCUCGAACGAAGACGCCUAUGUGGGUAAGAUGACUGAUGUCAACCUGUGGGACUAUGUGUUGACCACGGCUGAUAUCCGCGACCAGAUGUCAUGUGAGAGGAACAGCACCACGGUGGGAAACGUGUUCAGCUGGGGCGUCACUCAGCUCAGCCUGUACGGAGGAGUUCAGCUCGACAGCCAGUACAGAUGCUCCUGAAAAGGCUCCGUUUGCUUCCGUUUGUAUCAGCUUUAAAACUCUGCAAUAAACUAAAAUAUCACAGCUGCUGGCAGGAAUCUAAUACGAGUGUCAUGAAGAGUAACGUGUCUUUCAGGCAUCUUUAUGUCAAUAUUUAAUGCAAAAUAUAUCUUGUAGCUACUGCUGUAUUGUAUUCAUAUCUUUGCUUUGUCAAUAAAGGUUUUACAAAUCACA